CCCAAGGUUAGUUUACAGCGUAUCUACGGAUGGUCUGUACAUGGAGUAUUUGAAAGCUUUUUGUAAACUUCUGGAUUAUUGGACUUUUAUAGUGGGACUCCAUCGCGAGUAAGGACUUGACAUUUUAAGUAGGGAUUUUAAUUUGUAAAGGAUAACAUGGAUAAUUGAGUAGGAAUUUUACGUAUAUUUCUAAAUGUAGUUAUAAAAGUUUUCCAAGAGGAGCAAUGGUAUAUAAAACGGGAUUUCACUACGUAAUGGGUUUCCAAAACCUAAAAUCCAGCAUUCCUAGGACCUGAGGAUAUGAAAGCAUUGUCAGCAGAAUGAUUGAUACAGACGCUGAUUUUUACGGAAAUACAGGGACUGUUUAACAGUCUGGCUCUCUCGGAAUUUCUGGUUGGACAAUUUCUUAUAUCAAGUUCAUCUGUUUUGGAUAAUGGAUGGCCGAGAUUUCGGACACCCCAGAUCCGUUCAUGUUCCACCGCCUUUGCUGUCGGGACUGGCUAUGGAGUCGCACCGACUCGGAGCAGCCGCCGCUGCGGGGAGAAUACCUCCGUCCCCCGGCCACUUGGGUACAGGGCACCCGACGCCCCUCCAUACUGGAAAAUAUCUGUCAUCGGCCAUUAAUCUCCACCCUCAUCACGGUGAUGCCUUCACAGGUGGCUCCACCCCCUUCCUGAGCGGGUAUGUGAGCGGCGGGCUUGGCGGCUCCUCCGCCCCUCACGGGACCCCUGCCCCCAUGGCCUCCGACCCCUCCUUUAGAGCCCCCACCCCCUCCAACCUACAGAUGGCACAGCUCUGGGCGUCCCAUCCCCACGAGGGGUACUCCCACUUGCCCAGCAGUUUGUACCCCAGUCCUUACAUUCCACUGGGGCACAUGGAGCACUCAAGCAGCAGCAGCCCCCUCCUCACCCAGCUGAGCCAGCACGCGCUCUUUGACUCCCAGAAAGAUGGGUUUUACCUCCCCGGCCAUGCUGGGCAGUCAGCCUUGCACUCCCAGUCCUCCAUCUCCAGGACUCCAGCCGCCCACGUGCCCACUGUCCUCCCAAGAGAGAAGGAGGCCCUACCACCACCUCCCAGGGUAUCCAAGGAUUCCAGCAGGGAGGCCAGCAAGGAGAAACCUUACAAGAGUGAACUCGGCCAGCCUCUUCCACGCAAGGAUAGGGACAGGCCCAAAGAGGAGUCCAGGCCCCACAGUGUGGUGGACCUCACCCAGGACGUGAAGCUGGAGGGUGAGCGGAAGGCUGGGGGCUCAGACAGGCCUCUGAAGAGCGGAGAGCGCACGCCGCCUUUCUUCCACGAGCAUUCCCCGGGUCUGAGCGCCACGGAGCCAAAGUCUAAGAACCCUCUUCAGACCUCCUUGCUGAGUAACUGCAACAGCGGUGGCAGCGGCACUGCGCUCAGGUACCAGGGCGCCGAGCAGGAGAGGUGCUCCAGGGACCUUGGCCACCACGAUGAGAACGUGCGGCCGGGGGUCUACAGCCAGGCGGACAAGCUAAAGAAAUGCGACUCGGUGGUGACGUCGGUCGGCACUUUGCACGUGUCCUGUAGUUGUCCCUCCCCUCACAGUAGCUCCUCACAGCCCCCUCCCAGGCUGGUCUCCUCUGGCAUGUACAAUCCCUCCCACCACAUGCCACCCAGCCUGUACCCUCUCUAUUCCGCAGCGAAAGAGCCUGGAAGAGAACACAAAGUGAUCGCGCCCACAUUCGUGCCUUCUGUUGAGGUUUAUGAUGAGAGAAACGGGCCAAUCCAAAUAGCUUCACAGGCUCGAGAUAACAAAAGCGACAAAAACAGGGAAAAAGAUGGUAACAGAUCUGGGGGCCUGCAGGCUGGUGGUGAGAGGACUCUGUUGGACCCCACAUGGCCGCCUCAUGCACGUCCUUCUUCUCCUUCCCAUAACGACAUCAAGAGAGCAGAAAUGCUGAGAGAAGAGGGCUCUGUUAUUAGGUCGAACUCUUUGGCCACGAAAAGGCCUCCACCCUCUGAAAUGUACGUGAGCAAAUCCAGCCACAGCCCAGAUUCGCGGGACUACGUCUUAACCAGCACCACAUCCAAAGAAGUGAUCAAAAUGGCGCUGGAGGCUGAGUCUCGUAGCCAAGAACGGGACAGGAUUCAAAGGGCAUCUGUGAGAGACACUGGCAAAAUGUACAAUGGUGUAGACCCUGCCAGGAUGCACAUGGAGCAGCACGUGAUGAAGAGCCCCACCUCUGCAGAACCCAAAUGGAAGCCUUUUGAAAUCGGAAACUACGCCACCAGCCACAUGGCGGCACUUGUAGCCCAACACGGACACGGAAGCCGGGGGGACGAGGAAGGCAAGGGCCUUUUCCUGGAGUCCCCCGGGCUCCACAAGCCUUCGGGAAGUGGGAGCUCCAGGGGCACUUCUGAGGGCCUGCACUCAGGAGCCCACGGGGAAGUGUCUCCCAUGCAGAGCCUCAUUAAGUACAGCGGCAACUUUACUAAGGACUCCGCCUCCAGGCACGGCUCUGGCAUCAGGAGCCCCUUCGGUGGCCUGGGCAAUAUGAAGCUGGAGGCGGGUCAGCCUGGUGUGUCCAAAGUCCAGCACCUCCCGCCCCAGCAGCCUGGGAAGCAGCUGAAGAGGGACCCUGAGCGACCUGAGAGUGCAAAGUCCUUCGGCCGAGAAAGCAUUGGCUCGCAGGGAGAAGUGGAGGUCAGACACCCACCGGUGGGGAUUGCAGUGGCGGUUGCCCGCCAGAGGGACAGUAGCAGCAAGCCUAGCUCUAGCCUUGGGGACAGGGACAGACCCCUCCCUCUGGGCAGCAUCAAAGGUCGUCCAGAGGAGGAUGGCGGGGAGGAGCGCCUCCGUCACCGCGGGGACCGUCUCCUGGCAGGCCGACUGGAACGUGAGCAGGAGAAGCUUCUGCGGGAGAAUAAAGAGCUGGCAGAGUACACACAGAUGCAUCCGCCUGUGGUGUCCACCAGUGGGCUGAACCCCAAUCUCAUGGUAACGGGUGGAUCUGCACUCGCCGGUUCUGGGCGGUGGCCCACUGACCCAGCCUCCCAGCUGGCCUCGCACCCGUGGAUGCCUCGCACAGGCAGCCCUUCCAUGUGGCUCCCAGGAUCCCCCUACGCAGGGCUGGGUCACUCGUCCCUCCACCAGGGCCUGUCCCCGGGGUACGCCCCUCCCCUUCCCGGCUCCAUACCCUCGCCGUACCACUUCGCUCGGGACCCCCAGUCGGGACAGCUGCUGGUCAUCCCUACAGAGCACCUCCCGCACUUCGCCGCUGAUCUGAUGGAGAGGGGCCCCCCGAUGUGGCCGGGAAUGUACCCGCCAACGGGCGCCUCCCUCCAGCAUGCCCACCAGCUGCAGCUCCUCUCCCACCAGCAGCUUCUGCGCCAGCAGGAGCUCUACAUGAUCCAGCAGCAGGCCGCCCAGGUCAUGGAGCUGCAGAGGAGCGCCCAGCUAGUGGAGCGGUUAAAAGCAAGCGAACAGAGAGCGGAGCUGGAGGACAAAGCUGCCAAGAGAGGCGGCGAAGGUGCCAAGCAGGGUCUCUUGGCUGCCUCCGCUCCAGCUCUGCACUCCCGAAAAGCGCUCUCUAGGUCCCCGACGCCCUCCACCUCCUACGCCAAGGCCCUGACGCCGCUGCCCUCCCCGGGAGCCACCCUCAAGGCUGAGAGCCAGCAGAAGGUGGAGUCUCCGCUGCCCCGGCCGCCUUACUCCCACCCCUCCACUCCGGUCCCGCACCCGCUCAGCCCCGCCUCACCCCCGCCACCUCCAUCCAUCCCUCCCAAGGAGGAAUCCGUGGAGGAUGCGGAGAAGAAAGAGCUGGAUCUGCAGAAGCAAGCGUCCGCAUCCUUCCGAACGUUAUAUCCUGAAAUUCCUCCCGGCUACCCCUACCAAUCGAUAACCGCUCCGUUCGGCAGCCACUACCCCUACCUCCUCCAGCCGGCUGCCGCGGCCGAUGCCGACGGGCUGGCACCAGAUGUGCCGCUGUCGGCGGGGACCUCGGAACACUUGGCUACCUCAGCAGAUGUCAAAACAGCACGGCUGCACUCCCCUGCCGUGCCGGAGCUUCUGCACGCCCCCGAGGACGAGCGGCCGACGGAAGAUGGUGCAGCGCUCAAGGAGGAGCCGGGCCUGGAGGACAGCAAGGAGGGCCUGAGCCGUGCCGGUCAGGAGCCCCGCCAUUGCUCCGUGGCCCUGCCAGCGAUCGCCAGGCAGGACCGCAGCGCAAGCCCCGAGCAGGAGGGCCACUGUGCAGGCAUGACAGUGGAUGACGAGGCGGCGGAGGAGGAAGCGGUGGCCGCGGGGAAGGUGAAACUGGAGGAGACAUCCGUCCAAAGCUGCCAGGCUCCGCACCCGGCGACCCAGUACGUGUCGGAGACAGAGGCUAAUGCAGAGGGGCAGGAGGGGGAGUCUUGCACUGUGGGGGAGAACGCUGAUGCCCCUGCGCAGCACAGUGAAGCCCCAGGUCACACGGAGGACCUGCAGCGGCCAGAUGAGGCCCCGUCCCCAGUGGAGGAGUUGGACGUUGAGGGCGCCGUGGCGGAGCCGGCGGUUCAAGCAUCGCACGCGACUGAACUGUCCUGCGAGUCUCCAGCGCCCACACCGGACAGCCCGCCCCCCGCCAGCGCGUUGGACAUCCGGCCCGAGGACCCCAUGGCGGGAAUGCUCGCGCUGGUGACGGCCAGCGAGCUGCCCCAGGCCUGCUCCCUGCCCUCCCUCAGUGACACCCGCUGCACAGCCCCGCAGAGCUCCACCGGCCCCCUCCCCCCGGAGUCCCCAGCCCUUGAUGGGAUCGCCCUGCUGAGCGAAAUCGCCGAGCUCGAAUUGGAGAGGCGUCGCAACGAGAUUCAGAGUGUGGUGCACUGUGGUCUGGAGAGCCUCCUGCUGGCUGGCAGACAGGUGUUAUUGGAGGCGCUGGACUGCGCACCCGCGGUCCCCUUCCGUCUCCCACGCGAACUCAACCCCAACAAGAAGUACAGCUGGAUGCAGAAGAAGGAUGAGUCUCUGUACUCCAUGAAGUCCCCCAUGGAUGGGAUGGACACCCUGGAGGUCGACUACCGCCUGAGGUUGGCCGAGCUGCAGAAGAGGUACAAGGACAAGCAGAGGGAGCUGAUGAAGCUGCAGAGACGCAGGGACUCUGAGGAGAAGCAAGAGGAGAAGAGUAGGAGUUUGGCGAGGAGAGGACCAGGACGGCCCAGGAAGAGGAAGCACGGUGUCUCCGCUCUCUCACCGCCUGCUGGCAAACUGGACCCCAAGUGCGGAAAAUUUGGCAGGAGUCUGCUCCUGUCCGAAGACUCAGAGACCGGAGAAGGGCUGAGAAAGCGCUUUCGGGGACCCAACCUGGAUGAGGAGGAGGGCAUGGACAGCGGAGUUGUGAAAGUGAAGAGGAGAAAUAAGGGCUGGAACGAACACGAAGCGUCCUCCAGUUACUCUCAGCAAAUGCAGAUGAAAAGCAGCAAAAGGAAAAAAGUGAGUGAGCAGGAGCAGUUGGCGAGCAAGCUGGACAAGGCCUUGUCCCUCACCAAACUGGGUAAACUCCACAAGUCCCCUUUUCAGUUUGUAGACGGGCCCUCAGGGAAAGCCAAAGCCAGCUCUGGGAGCUGCAACAAGCUCCUCAUGCUCCAUGAAAUGGGGGUGAAGGGAAAGGAGGGCAGGAAGAGCCACUCCAAGGGCUUUGGCAUCUUCCAGAAGCCUUCCAAAGAAGGCAAAAACAAGAUGGCAGCUAAAACGAAGAAUAUGGACCCCUGCCUAAAGGGGAAAGGUCAGCUGAAAGCAUCGUACUCUCCUGCACGGUCCGAAGUGAGCAGCUACUCAUACAAUACAGACUCGGAGGAGGAAGAUGGAUCGAUGAAGGCAGGGUGGCCCCCUCACUCUAUUCUGGGCAGACCCAGUAUGCACACGCGGGGGGCCGGCCUGGGUGGGACAGCGUCCAAGAGGAGCCGCCCGUCAUCGACGAGGGGUGUGGCAUCAGGAACACUGGCAUCCAAACAGGCGCUCAGCAAGACAAAACACAAGCACUUUGCUUUACUGCUGCAGGAAGCAGAAGCCCACUCGUCCUUCAGUGACUCCACGGAGGACUCAUUCGAUCAAGACUACUCCACAGAAAAAGAUGAUGAUGAAGAGGAGGAUGAGGAAGAGGAGUAUGACUGUGAGCUGGACGGGAGUGAUGGACUGAGCUCCCCCUCACUGGAGGAAAGCGGGCUGGGCCUCCUGGCCCGAUUUGCGGCCAGGGCGGCGCCGAGCCCUGUCAUAACCGCCCCUCUUCCCAUCAUGCAGCAGAAGCCCAAGAAGAAGGAAGAGAGGCAGAGCCUUCUGGGCAUGGAGUUUGAGUUCACCGAUUCGGAGAGUGAUGUCAAGAUCAGGAAGAAGUUCCCCUCCCUGCUGCAGGGGAAGCGGGCGGCUCCGGAGCUCCCCCUGCUGCCCCCGGUGAGCUCGCUGCGCGAGGACUCCAGCCCCGGCAAGCUGAAGGCGCCGGAGCGGGGCCGGAAGCCCAGGAAGCCCCGUUCGCCCCGCGAGCUUUGCUUCGACUUUGGCGCGGAGGCCAGCGACGAGGACCGCUGGACGCGCAGGAGGAGUGAGCGCAUCUUCCUCCACGACGCCGCUGCCGCCGCCACCACCACCACACCGGUGUCCCCCGUGCCCAAGAGCCCCCCGGCCCUCGCGCCCAAACCCACGCGCUGCGCUAAGGCCGCACCCCACAGCCCCAAGAAGGAGGUCGCCAAGGCCAAGGAGGUGAAGGACGUCGCCAAGAAGAAGAAGGGUAAGGAGAUGCCCCUGUGUCUACCUUCCCCCCAGCUUGCCAGCCCCCCUGCGGAGAGCCGCCUGUCCCUGCCUUGUUCGCCGGUCAGCCCUGCACGGAGGAUCAAGGCCAAGCCCAAACCCAGAGAGGUGAAAAAAGAGCAGGCUCGGGGGAAGGGAGGGGCUGUCAGUAAGCUCAUGGAGAGCAUGGCUGCCGAUGAGGACUUUGAGCCCAGUCAGGACAGCAGCUUCUCAGAGGAUGAGAACCUCCCCCUGAGCACACCCCCAGACAGGCCCUGCACACCAGCCCCACGGAACUGCGUAAUUGACGAGGACGAGCUGAAGGACGGCCUGCGAGUCCUCAUCCCCAUGGACGACAAGCUGCUGUAUGCGGGCCACGUCAACACCGUCCACUCGCCAGACAUAUACAGAGUGGUGGUCGAGGGGGAGCGAGGAAACAGGCCUCACAUCUACUGCUUGGAGCAGCUGCUGCAGGAAGCGAUUAUCGACGUGAAGCCUCCCUCUGUCAGGUACCUCCCUGAGGGGACCAGGAUUGCCGCCUACUGGAGCCAGCAGUACCGCUGUCUGUAUCCGGGGACAGUCGUCAGAGGAAAUCCUGAUGUGGACGUGGAUGAUGACUUAAUAGCUGUGGAGUUUGACGACGGAGACACGGGAAGAAUUCCCCUGUCGCACAUUCGGCUGCUACCCCCCGACUACAAGAUUCAGUGUGCUGAGCCGUCUCCAGCUCUACUCGUGCCCAGCACAAAGAGACGUGGCAGGAAGUCCAGUAAGGAUGUGCCUGAAAACAGGGAAGCAGUCUCACAGACCCCAAAAGAACCUGUUCAAAAGAGCAAGGGAAGAGGCAGAAAACCAAAGCCCAAACCUGCCCCUGAAUCUGUUCCAGAGCAUCAUGAGCAAGCAGAAAUGCCUGCCUUCUCUGAGACCCCAGAGCGGCCUCUGUCAUCUAGGAGACCAGGCCGAAAAUGCCAACAGGCUAACACCGCUGGCCUGUCCAUGCCAAUGCCUAACGAACCACAGAAGAAAGCUGCCAAGGCUCCAGCCAAAGUCAGCUCCCAGCCACAGGCAUCCUACACAACCCCCCUCUAUGGAAAAGUCCUUUCAGUAGACAUCUACAAAGACCUGUCGUGUUCACUAGGCUCAUUUCUUCCCGGUGACAGCAGCAACCCGGGAAAAGUCAAAUCAGUCAAGAAGGGAAGGAAGAGUGAGGAGCUCCAGGAGACAGGUCCUGGAACAAAGACACAAAGAAAGCAGCCUGAGGCGGAGGUGCUCAUCAAACUGGACCAUGAAGGUGUGAUGUCCCCUAAAACCAAGAAGACAAAAGCCCUGAUGAUGAUGGAGGAUCAGAGUCUCUCCCAAAGGGAAAACAAGUCGGUGAUGGGCAUAACGUACAGCAGCUUUCCAUCAGGGGAGACCAAACAGAAGUCAACCAAGACCAAAGCUCCAGAGAAGGAGAAGGAGAGUCCAAAGGUUGGCGCUGUGUCCACCUACAGCAUUGGUAUGCUGGGGAGCAGUGGAGAUGGCCUGGUAAAGGUUAAGGACCCUGAGGCGAAUGAGGAAGAGGAGUCUAACUGCAACAGCAGCAGCAGCAGCAGCUGCAGCUCAGAUUCUGAAGGGGAGGAAGAGGAGCAGGUGCAGGAAAAGGCGAAACAGGAGGGAACCAGGUCCGCCAGCUCCAGGGCUUCCAGCCCCGUCUCCUCCAACUCCUCCAGCUCCUCCACCAGCAGCUCCUCAUCGUCGUCAUCUUCCUCCUCCUCUGGCUCCAGCUCCUCUUCCUCUUCCUCUUCCUCCUCUUCCACCACGACAGACGAGGACUCUUCGUGCAGCUCAGACGAAGAUGCCACAGCUGCUCCCCAGUCCUCUUCUGUAGCCCAACAGGGUCCCCAGCAGGCUGAGGGAAAAGAGCCUGGCCAGCCCCAGGCCUCUGCUCCAUCUCCCUGUUCAUCUCCUUCUCCAGCCAAGAGCCAAAAGGCACCACAGCAACAGCAGAAGCAGCAGAAACAGCAGCAAGGCAAGAGCCGCCCGAAAAAACGAGAGGGCAUCCACCUCCCCACCACUAAGGAGCUGGCCAAGCGUCAGAGGCUGCCCUCAGUGGAGAACAGGCCCAAGAUCGCGGCCUUUCUCCCAGCCAGGCAGCUGUGGAAAUGGUUUGGGAAGCCCACACAGAGGCGAGGAAUGAAAGGAAAGGCGAAGAAGCUGUUCUACAAGGCGAUCAUGAGGGGGAAGGAAAUGAUCCGCAUUGGAGACUGCGCAGUGUUCCUGUCCGCUGGGAGACCCAACCUGCCCUACAUCGGCCGCAUCCAGAGCAUGUGGGAGUCCUGGGGGAACAACAUGGUGGUCCGGGUCAAGUGGUUCUACCACCCAGAGGAAACCAACCCCGGGAAGAAGCUUCAUGACAGAAAGAUCUGGGAUCAGAAAUCUGCAAGGGGGCUCCCAGCAGCUCUGCAGCCCUCCAACCAAAGGAAGGACUUUAUGGAGCGUGCCCUGUACCAGUCCUCCCACAUUGAUGAGAAUGACGUGCAGACAGUCUCGCACAAGUGUCUGGUGGUCAGUCUGGAACAGUACGAACAGAUGAUUAAAACCAAGAAGUACCAGGACAGCGAGGACCUUUACUACCUGGCCGGAACCUAUGAGCCUACCACAGGGAUGAUCUUCAACACAGACGGAGUUCCGGUCAUCUGCUGAAGGUCCUCUUAGAGUUCCCCCAGCCUUCAUUUUCCACCACAGCCGAGGGGCAAACAAUCCUCAAGAAAUAAAGAAUGCAAUACGGGCAACCGGGAGGAGCGGAGCUUUGGGUUGUAAUGAGUGAAUCCACUUGCUGUUGAAGGACACAGCUGACUUUGAAGCCUUCCUGAGGUUCGUAGGGCGCUGUGGUGAAGGGAAGCGUCUUUAGGGAUGUGGAGGUGUUAUAUGCGACCCCAUCAGAGACAGAGAAUCCUCAUCCACUUCUGUUCUGGGUGAGAAUCUAAAUGUGCCUCUGGAACCAUUAGUACCCAGGGCAUAACGACAUAUCACCUUGAGAUUUGGAAUUUAUUUGACUGAGUGAAAAUGAAGUCAAUGGCAGCUCACUAUAUAUAUAUAAUCUCAAAUAGAAACGUCCUUGGAGGUAUGGUAACAUUCAUCUGGCAAAUAGCCGCCCUCGGGAAGGCAAAUCAGUAGACUUGUCGAGGAGAAUGUUUUAAGCAGUUGGUGGAGUGAAGAAGACUUUGAUCAUUAGUAUCGAUCAAGCUGAAAGUAAGUAGGAGGUGGUGAGACUGACACCACGUUCAUUCCUUCACUCCCCGGUGAGCCGUAACUUAAGUCGACAUCGUGAGGAGAACGUCCCGGACAUCCGUGAGGCAGAGCACAUGUGCGCAGCUGAGACCCUGUUUGGUCUGGAGAUGUGGAGCAGCACCCGCCACUGACACCACCACCACCACCACCA